AUGUAUUAAAUAAUACCAAUUUCAGAUACAAUAAAGUCUCGAUACCCAUAACUUAAAGAUUAUUACUUAUGCCAAUUUUUGGGAGAAAACAAAUAAUCAGCUAUAAUAUGCUCUAUCUUGCAUUAUCUUUUAAAUCGACGACUAAGCAAAAGUCUAGAAUACUUUAAAAGUCCAAGGAUAAAUUAUAAAUCAUAAUAAUCAUAAGAAAUCACUAAAAUACUGAAAGAUUGUAUGUAAAUGGAAAAUCCAAUAUAAAACUUCUACGAAAAGCUUUUAAUAUUUGAUAAAGAUAACCUUAUGACAGAAGUCUUACUUUAAGACUUUUGUUAUUCUUAUUAAUUAACAUAGAAUGGAUAAAUAAGUUUGAAUUCUUUGGCUGAUUUCUUAAAUUUGAAUAUUAAAAUCAUUCCAUAAUUCAAUAUUUUAGGUAGAGGCAAUAAUGAUUUAAUAAUAAUAUAAGAUAAUGAAGAAUAUUAUUUUAUUAUUCCAGAACCAUAAUUCUAGUUAGAAACCUAAGUUAUUUGUUUUAAUUGUAGUAGGAAUGUCUAUGUGUACAUGAAACCCUACUGUGAUCAUUAAAUUUGUUGGAAUUGUCUCUUAAAAGAGAACCAAUAGUGUUAGAUGGAUGAUUUUCGAUGUAGAUGUGGAUAAGUUGUUUUAAAAUAGUAAAUUGAACAAUUUUAAAAUGAAAUCAGUUCUAUAGCUAAAACCAAUCAUUUUAAUUUAUUAUUGGAAUAAUUCUAUCAUCAGCAGAGUUCUAAUUUAGUAUUAAGAAAGAGUACAAUUCGAACUAACAAAAUAAAAUAGCUCAAUGAAUCUAUAGCAGAGUAAUUUACUGCAAGUGAAAUUUAGGCUUCUCUUCUUAAUGAAACAACUAGGGUUUUAGAGCAAUUAGAAGAAGUUUGUUGUAAAUGUAAUAAAGAAUCAAACAAAGCUUAUUUUUAUUUGAGUAAUUGUACACAUAAAUAUUGUAUUGACUGCAUUAGUUAAGAGUUCUCAUAUAAUAAUUGUGGAGGAUGUUAUUGUGUUGCAUGUCCAAAUAAAAUCUCGAGAAAAGAAUACGAACAAUAUUUAUAAUAGAUAAAUAUUGAUAUAAAAAACAUCUAAGUAUUAUCUCUUUAAAAAGGUAAUACAAAUAACAAGUGUAACAAUUGUCAUAAAAUAUUUUCAAUAUUAUUAUUUUCAAUUGCAAAUUGUAAACAUAGUUUUUGUGAUACAUGUUUAGAAUAAUUAUUAGAUGUUAAUUAUUUUUUAGAUUACUAUUGCACUGUUGUUAAUUGUAAUGGUACUUUCAAGAAGUAGGAUUAUGAAAAGUUUAAACAAGAAUUUAGAUAAAAAGUGUAAAUAUCAUAUUCUGAAUUAGAAAAUUCAUGUAAUCAGAUUUCAUGGGAUUUUAAUUAGUUAAAUUAAAGUAAAUUAUGUUUGUAAUAAUUUUGUAACUCAUAAUCUGAAAUUAAAGACUAAACUUGCUCAAAAUUAAAAAAUCCGAAUUUAAAAAGUAAAACCAUAACUGAAACUAAUUCCACAAAAAUUACUCUACAUAAUGAAUAAGAAACCAAUCUUAAUUGGAGUCUUUUAAUAGAUAGAUGCUAAUAAUGCUUGAAAUAAUCUUAAUAUUAAUUAUUCUAAGUUCCAUUAUGUAAUCACAAAUUUUGCAAUUCUUGCAUUUAGAAUUCUAUUUAAAAUAAAUAAAAAGAUUAAAAAUGUCCUAAUAAGGAAUGUAAAAGUAUAUUUACUAAAAGAUCUUAUUAAAAUUAUUAUAAUAAUUUAUUACUAGAUAAUGAGAUCAUAAAUACUCAUAAUAUUAUAUAAAAUUAAUAGUAAAUAGUAAAUUAAAAAUAAAUAACAUAAUCAGAUCAUUUAAAUUAAUAAUUGUAAAAAAAAAAUCAAUUAAAUCUCGCAUAUAAUUUUAAUGCAUUGGCUAAAAGUUCAACAAAUAGUACUACUGAUUAAUAAUUUUGCUCAUUUUGUAAUACUUAGAAUGAAACUGAUUAAAUAUUUGUUAUCAAAUGCGGACAUUAAAUUUGUAUUAGAUGUAGUCUACGUCUAAAAGGUGAAAAUUUUAGAUGUAGUAAAUGCUUGACUCUUUUUGACAAUAUUAAAUUUAAAUGGUUUAAAUAAUAAUGUAAAUAUAAAUGUGACAAUUGUUAGAAAAUCUUUCCUGUUGAUUAGAUUUUGCCAAAUUUAAUGUGUAGGCAUUUCUUUUGUUAUUAAUGUCUCUAAUCAAUUUAUGAAGAUAAAAAGACAAUAUAUUGUUGUGUCAAAUCAUGCAACAAAAUUUUUAAUUCUGAUCAUAUUUUGUAAUUUUUAAAAGACUUAAAACUUAAAGAAGUAGAUCAAAAUAAAGCUAUUCAAAAUAAUGCUUUGUAAAUUAAAAAUAAAUAAUUCGUGGCCAAAUAAUAGCUCAUUUAAUCAAAUUCUUCACCUAAUGCUUAAAUUACAACAGCAAGCUUAUCUAUUUUAUCUGAUUAGUCAAAAUAUAAAUAAGAUGUUCAAGAAAUUAAAAAAAUUCAAUCUUGCAUGAUUUGCAAUUCUGACUUUGAUGACUAUAAUUAGCCAGUAUACUUUGCAUGUAAUUCUCACAUUAUUGGCAUAUGUUGCAUACUAAAAAAUUAUCAUGUUUGUUAUAUAUGUGAUAAAUUGAUAUGA